GGAAUCCCACCAUAUACUCCUGACUCAACUAUAGGAAACUGGACUGUUUAGAUAGUUUGAGCUAUCUGUGCUUCAGUCCUGAGUGAAUGACCCAGGACCAGUGACCCUUCACUAGGGAGGGGGACAGAAUCGAAUCCACAAUAGGAGAAAACUCCAUUCCCUGGUUCCAAGAAUUCUUGCGCAUUGACUUCUGGGAAAUGUAGUCUGCAGCACUGUGACGUCACGGUGAGCCAUCCAGGAAAUUCCCUUCUGGACUUCAGUCCACACAUUUGCAGUUUUCCCAAAGUUGGGAGAGAGUCCUGCCUGCUGUACGUUCCUGUUGCGUCUCUGACAUGGAGGAAAUGCUGUCCUUCUGGGAUGUGGCCAUUGAGUUCUCUGCAGAAGAGAGGGAAUGCCUGGAGCCUGCUCAGUGGAAUUUGUACAGGGAUGUGAUGUUGGAGAAUUACAGCAACCUUGUGUUCCUUGGUCUUGCUGUGUCUAAGCCACACCUGGUGACACAUUUGGAGCAAAGACAAGAAUCUUCAGAUGUGAAGAGACAAGCAGCAGCCAACGUGCAGCCAGGAACAACAUUCAAUGAUUAUAAUGAUUACAACAACGGUAUUGACUGUAACUUAUUACGUAUUCAAAGCCAGAGAAUUCAUACAAGGGAGAAACCCUACCAGUGUAAAGAAUGUGGCAAGGGCCUUAGUUCUUAUAAAACACUUUCCAUACACCAGAGACUUCAUACUGGAGAAAAAUCCUAUACAUGUAAGGAAUGUCAUAAGGCCUUCAAUACUCGCUCAUCACUUUUUAUACACCAGAAAAAUCAUACUGAUGAAAAAACACACAAGUGUGAAGAAUGUGGCAAAUUAUUUUACUAUCCUUCAAUGCUGAAGCAACAUCAAAGAAUUCAUUCUGCAGAGAAACCCCACAAGUGUGAAAAAUGUGGCAAAGCUUUUUAUGAUCCUUCAUUCCUGAAGCAACAUCAAAGAAUUCAUUCUGGAGAGAAACCAUAUAAGUGUCAAAAAUGUGGCAAAACUUUUUAUAAUUUUUCAUUCCUGAAGCAGCAUCAAAGAAUUCAUUCUGGAAAGAAACCUUACAAAUGUGAAGAAUGUGGAAAAUCCUUUUAUAAACCUUCAAUGCUGAAGCAACAUCAAAGAAUUCAUUCUGGAGAGAAACCAUGCAAGUGUGAAGAAUGUGGCAAAUCCUUUUACACUCCUUCACUGCUGAAGCAACAUCAAAGAAUUCAUUCUAGAGAGAAUCCAUGCAAGUGUGAAGAGUGUGGCAGUUUAUUUUCUUCAUUUUCAUACCUUACUCAACAUCAAACUGUUCACUGCACAGACAGUCCCUACAAGUGUGAGGAGUGUGGCAUAAGGUUUUCCCAUUCUGCAAUCCUUCAGAAACAUAGUAAAAUUCAUGAAGAGAGACCAUACAAGUGUGAAGAAUGUCACAAAACCUUUCUUUAUCAGUCAUCACUUAAGAACCACAAGGUAGUUCAUACUAGACAGAAACUCUACAAGUGUGAAGAGUGUGGCAAAUAUUUUUCCUCAGCUUCAUGUCUUAGACGACAUCAAAUAAUUCACUAUGAAGACAACCCUUACAAGUGUGAAGAGUGUGGCAGAUGUUUUUCCUCAGAUGCAUGUUUUAGAGCACAUCAAACUAUCCAUUCUGAAGACAAUCCUUAUACCUGUGUACAAUGUGACAAACGAUAUUCCUGUUCUAGGGAUCUUCAGGAACAUCAAACACUUCAUACUGGAGAGAAAUUGUACAAGUGUGAAGAAUGUGGCAAAGGCUUUCAUUAUCACUCAGGCUUUAGGAGACACAAGGCAAUUCAUACUGGAGAGAAAGCUUACAAGUGUGAAGAAUGUCACAAAGCCUUUCGUUAUCUCUCAUCCCUUAAGAAUCACAUGGGAGUUCAUACUGGAGAGAAACCGUACAAGUGUGGAGAAUGUAACAAAACCUUUUGUUAUCUCUCAUACCUUAGGAAACACAAGAGAGUUCAUAGUGAAGAGAAACUCUACAAGUGUGAAGAAUGUCACAAAGCCUUUCAUUAUAUCUCAUCCCUUAUGAAACAUAAGACAAUUCAUACUGGAGAGAAAUCCUACAAGUGUGAAGAAUGUCACAAAGCCUUUUUUUAUCUCUCAUCCCUUAGGAGACACAAGACAGUUCAUACUGAAGAGAAACCAUACAAGUGUGAAGAAUGUCACAAAGCCUUUUAUUAUAUCUCAUCCCUUAUGAGACACAAGACAGUUCAUACUGGAGAACAUCCCUAAAACUGUGAAUAUGUGACAGAAGGUUCUCUUCACCUUCAUCCUUUAGACAAAAUAAAAAAGAAAAGGAAAUUCAUUCUGAAGACAAUCCCUAAAAUUGUGGGCAAUGUAUCAAAAACUUUGUUAAUCUUUAUGUGCUUACUCAACACAUGAUAUAGUUCAUAUGGAAGAAGUAUCCUACAAAUGUCUUAAAAUGUUUACUUUUUCAACCCUUAAAAUACAUCAAAUGAUUUAUUCUGACUCAAACUCCAUGAGUGUGUGAAGUGUGGUAAAAUAUUUGCGAACUAUUCAGAUCUUAUCCACCUCAAUGAAUCCAUAGUGGAGAAUGUUAGGAAUCAUUUUGGAAUGUCAGCAAGAACAUCUAACUUCCAAUAGCAAAAAUGUUAAGAAUGUCAUCAGAGAGCUGUAGAGAUUUCUCUUUGCUAACCCCAACAAUUUGUCCAAGCAGUGUGUUUGAAUCUUGCCUUGAUUAAUGAGUCUCUUUCUUCUGUAACUAUAAAUGUUCUCUGAAACCUUUA